GCUCUCAGCCUGUCUCCUCAGUUGUGGAGCAGCUAAUUGAGACUAUAGCUGCAGCUGGGAGAACCAAGCCCCACCAGCUCAGACUCUUGGAAAAGCAAGAACAAGCCAAGAGACAGCAAAGCAAAACCAGCAACAUCCUCGUAAAACAGGGACUUGACACACCAAAAACCUCCCCCCCAAAUUAAACUAAACAACAAACCAAGCAGGACAGAAGCAUGUCAGGAGCAGAGAGAUACAUGGAUGAAUGCUCCAGCCACCCAGCCUUACUCCAGGUCUGCACACAAGAAGUUGAAAGUAGCAGUGGAAGUGUAAAGGUGCAGAGGAUGUGUGCUUCUAGGCGGAUACUGCUGCUUGCGCUCACCUUCCUGGCAUACACGGUGGACUCCACGUCGGCAUAUGGCACUGCUGAAACGCUCUGUGGUGGGGAACUAGUAGACACACUGCAGUUUGUCUGUGGGGACAGGGGCUUCUACUUCAGUAGACCAGUGGGACGAAAUAACAGAAGAUUCAACCGUGGUAUAGUGGAGGAGUGCUGUUUUCGGAGCUGCGACCUUGCUCUUUUGGAAACAUACUGCGCAAAGUCUGUUAAGUCUGAGCGGGACCUCUCGUCCUCUUCUCUUGUGGUCCUGCCAGCACUAAGCAAGGAUAGCUUUCAAAAACCCUCGCAUGCCAAGUACUCCAAAUAUGAUGUGUGGCAGAAAAAGAGCUCACAGCGCCUACAACAGGGAGUUCCCAGCAUCCUCCGCGCUCGCAGGUACCGGUGGCAAGCCGAAGGGUUGCAAGCAUCUGAUGAAACCAAGGUGCAUCGUCCCCUCAUCUCCCUGCCCAGCCAGAAGCCCCUGGUAGUGCAAGUUUCCUCAGAAACAUCAGGGAACCGGAAAUGAACUGUGAAAUGGAUUCUAUAUAUUUUUUUUUUUAAAUCUCCUGGGGGGGACUUUUGAGGCCUAACUUCCCUAGCCCUUAGCCCUCUUGGCUGCGAAGCAAGAGGGAUAUUGCCUUUCCACCCAGAAGCAAUAAAAAGGGGGCACUGUAACACCAUUUUAAAGAGAACCAAACAACUGACAUAGUGAGAAUGGGAUUACAGCAUUGUCAGCAACAACAUAAUUUCUGUGGCAUUGUCCUUUAAGCAUUAAAGUGUUUUUUUUUAAACUUCUGUUUUGUUUUGUUCCCCUAUCUACCCAGUAUUUUCAAGCCCAUACUUAAAAGGGACCGUUUGGCACUUGAACUGUUUUAAUAUUGGGCAGGGCAUGGUAUCCCACGUGCCAGCAGCAGAAUGCAAAAGAAAGAGCAAGAAAAAAGAAUACGAAAUUGAAAAACAGAAGAGUCCAUUCCAUGUCUUUCUUGACAAGAAAGUGAAAAAAAAUGGGGCAACAUUUAUUUGGAGGGGUUAAAUUUUUUCUCAUUCCCACCCCACUUUUUUGUUUGGUGUUUUUCUUGUUUUUGUAAAGAGCAAUUUUUUGUUGUUGUUUGCACCUUUACUUAAAAACAAACAAAAAAAGUAACUGAGAAGAAAUUCCAAGAAGACCCAUCUGAAUUUA